UCUACACAUCAAGAUGUAACACCUACUGUCAUUCUUGUUUACAAAUUCUCUCUUGAAUGUCGUACAAUCAACAAGUGACAAAAUAUUAUUAAAAUCAUGGAAAAUAAGUUGGAUUUGAAAAUGAUGAGCCCCGAAGAAGUGCUGAAUCAAAAGCUGACAGAAAGCGGUGAAAUGUUUACUUACGGCACGAAAAAAUGCUUUCCAGAUGAGACAACCGAUGAAGUUGUAAACCGCUUGCAAGACGAUCUGCUCAAGGUGCUCUGUUAUGAGCGCGUGGAAAAGAGCAAUUCGCGAUCUCAGGCUAAAUACAAUGCAAUGACUGGUCUGAUUGUGGUUACGCGAAAACUUGGCAAAUGGAACACAUACGGAUAUCGAUUGAAUAAUUUGGAUUGCUUGAGAUACUGCGAAGCGUUAUAUUUGAUUGAUACGAAUCGUCUUGAACUGUAUUACGAUUCGGUUUUGGUGUCGUUAGAACAAGCGUAUGUUCUGUUGCUGAACAAUCAACACGAUGACAAGUCACAUGAAAAAUACAUUAUAUUCUCCAAUCUAACAAAGGCUGGAUACAUUGUGCAGCCACAUCGUGGACAUAUACAAGAGAGUGUGGGAAGUUCUUGCUGGUCCAGAGAAAUCACACCAGCCGACAAAUGCGUCUGGCGAUGUUUACUUCAGAAUGUAGAACAGCCGAGUUCACGUGAAGAUAUGGAUCAAGAAUACGACGACCAACUGUACUUGAAAAUCCAACAGAACAUGAAAACUAUUGAAGAGGCGAUCAAAUGUCAACAAUCUCAUUCGUUCGUUGAUCUGAGCUCAAACAACGAAGCAGAUAGCUGGCAGAAUGCAAUCACAACAGUAAAGGGACGAAAUGCAUCGAAAAGGAAACGAAAACUUCAAGCAACAACAUCGAAGAAAAAAACAAAUUUAGGGCACACGACCAACCAUUUCCUCGAUGUGCUGACACAUGAACGGGAUGUAUGCAAUUUUCGGAAUAUUUUCGACGAAAUUCAAGUCAUACAAUUGGAUCAAACGCAUUGCGACAACAACGUAGACACAACAAUCGAAUCUGAUGUUGAAUUCGAUUUUGAUUUGUAUUUGGCACGGCCCAAUUUUAAGCAAUCGGAUCCUGGCGUUCCGAAUUUUCGAAUAUUAAUUUUCAAGUCGAAUGAGAAACCGCCGACGCGGAACCUGAUUGUGAAAGCUUUUCUGAAACCGACAGUUCGCGCACCUGUGCUCGUUUUCUACAUCAAUGAAUUGAUGCGGGUGAGUGCAUUCCUUUAUCGCAUUUCUUUGUAAUUUAAAUGGAUAAUCUGGUCAUUGUUUAAGUGAAGAUGUUUAAAUUUCAACGUUUCGUUGAAGAUCAAUAAAAUUGCGUCCACGGAUGCUUUGCAACUGUU